AGAGUCAUGUGGAGGAGUUUUAGCUGCGCUCAGGACUUCUCAGUCUCAAGUGGGUUUUCAUGUGCCUAAGUGGUAAGAUGUUCAGCUCAGCCAAAAUGGUGGGAUCUCAGCAUGGAGUAAGAACCUGAGAUACGAAGUUCUGCUGUGGGUUGGUGAUCUGCUGUGACGAGUCCUGCAUUGACUUCAAGGCUCAUGGAGGAUCUUCUAUUCCCAGGACAGCAGGUACCGAAGAUUUUCUUCCACAACGUAAAAAACCCCAGAGCUAUAAAUGUGCAGGUGUGUGCACUCCUGUUUCCCAAGCCCGUGCUUCCGUACUGCUCCACCUCUGAAAACCAGGGCAAAGGAACGCAGAAGAGUGUUUUGGGGCAGCAAUUUCUGAGCGUGGAGAAGUUGCUGUGUUGUCUCCUCUUCAGCUGGAGGAGGUCAAGGCCAUCGCUGUUGCAGACCCUUGCAAGGAUUUGCUUCACAGGUCAGUCAGCAAUGGCUGCAGCAGAAAUUCCCAGUUACAUUGUCUCUUCUCAGACUGAGAAACACAGGAGGGCCAGAAACUGGACUGAUGCAGAAAUGAGAGGUUUAAUGCUGGUCUGGGAAGAAUUUUUUGAUGAACUGAAACAAACUAAAAGGAAUGCCAAAGUUUAUGAGAAAAUGGCUAACAAACUCUUUGAAAUGACGGGAGAAAUUCGCCACGGAGAGGAAAUAAAGAUAAAAAUUACAAAUAUGACAUUCCAGUACAGGAAAUUAAAAUGCAUGACUGACAGUGAAACUGUUGCACCUGACUGGCCUUACUACAAAACCAUUGAUAGGAUCUUAUCCAAAGUGACAGACCACAGUGAUGUGAAAAUGCAUGAAAAUCAGCAACCAGGUCCUUCUACAUCACAGACAGAGGCCUCGCAGUCACCAUCAGCUAAGUCCACGCCUCUGUAUUUGCCAUAUAAUCAGUUUACAUACGAAGGAAGGGAAGAAUGCUUUGAAGAUGAACAUUCAGAGAGCUCAUCAAGCUUACUUUCUUACAAGCUGAGAACUGAAGAAAGACCAGUUAAGAAAAGGAAAAUGCAAAGCUGCAGCUUUCAAAAGAAGAAGCUAAAAUUAAUGGAGGCUAUGUUGGAAGAACAAAAGAAGUUGAGCAGAGCUAUGGAAGAAACCUGUAGAGAAGUACGCAGGAUUCUGGAUCAGCAAAACAUCAUUCAAGUUCAAAGCUUACAGCUACAGGAGAGAAUGAUGAAUCUACUGGAGAAAAUGAUUUCCAAAUCCAAUGUGUAGUUUCCUUUGUGAAUGCCUCUGAGAUUAUCAUUGAUAUUAUAGACAUCCCCUUACUGCACACCUUAUGUGUGUUUGUUGCCCUAUUCCCAGGUUUUCCAUGGAAAUUAAAAUCUUAGUGUAUUCUUAGAUAAGCAAAGAGAACAGAUAAUGCAGGGUGAGAGCUAUCUGGCAUGAGAAAAAUAGUGCAAUAUAUGCCUAAACUGAAUUAUUUUUAUACAGAAAGAUUAAGGGAUGAAUGGCUCUGGGAAUUUCAGUGCUAUUAUGCCUAGGUCAGAUAUUGUUUUACAAAGAUGUUAUGUAUUUCUUCACAUCAAGGACCAUACCCUGACCUGUUGUUGAAGAACAAAGUAAUGUGUUCUUAAACAUGCUAAUUGCAUCUUGACUUUGCUGAUGAUUAAACCCUGGUUUGAAACAUAUCAGUGAUUGUACAAGUGACCUAUGCAUGGUUCUUGUGAAGAGCUACUUGGGACCACAAGAUGUCAUUUUAAACUCCAUGCCUGAUAUGAAUAGUACUCUAAUGUAUGAGAGUAAAAAUAGUCUAUUCAAAUACCCUUUUCAUAAAAUACAAACAAAUCCUUACUAUAUACUGAAUACUAAAAUGUAUAGAUGAUACUUGAAGUUGCUUUUGAUAUUAAAUGUUUAAUUUUUUUCAUUAUUAACUGGAAUCUGGUGACUUAAUGAGCGACCAGCGAUGAAAACUAUCAUUUCUUCUCUAUCACAAAAGAAAAAUAUUGUACUGUGUGUAUAUACAAAUAUAUAUCUAUCAAAUGAAAUAAAGGAAAAGAAGAAACGUACUUCUUGCUGGAUAGAUAAUACACUUUGCAUUGGUGAAAAGGUAAUCACAGUCAAAAGUUUCUGAUUCUUAACUGCUGGGUAAAGAUCUCCUCUGCUGGUGCCUAUAUUGAUGGAAGUCCCAAAGAAUGUUCAAUACCUCUUACUCAGCGUUUGCUGGUGGCACAACUUUAAUAUGCGAGCAGAUGUAAGGCAGAUCGGCAUCGAUACACCACAAGAGGGAGCUGAAGGCAUAAGGGAUUGUGUUUAAGCCCUUGAGGUGAAGUGCUAGCGUUUGAUUCUCUAAUGAAAUAUAACAUUGAAGUAACCUUUAAAAUGCAUUCAGAAGUUCCUCAGAUGAAUUCCUUUGUACAUUCCUUUCUGUUUUCUUCUUGAAAGGCGUACUUCUGCUUUCACUGUACUUGCAAGAAUGAGUACCCAAGGUCAGAUUCAGAUAUAGAGGUACAGAAUUAAUGUCAGUACUGGAAACCAAGACCACCUUCCAUCCUCAGUAUUAAAUAAUGUAAUCUAUUGAAA